GAAGCCCGUGUGUCUCGAGGGCUCUUGUCCACGCGCACACCCCAGCGCGCUUCUUGGAAGGUACGACUCAAUCCAUCUUGGCGCUCGCGCUCUCAGCGAUCAAUCUCCUGGAAUCGAUUCCAGUCCACGCCGCCAUGAAUCGAUCUGCCGCGCAAGAUUCUACCCGGAAUGAGAGAUCGAUCGGCAAAGGUCGUCGGCGCAGAGCUGCCGCGGAGCAGCGGCGGAUAGAACAGCAGCGAUGGGGGCAAUUCGACGAAGACAAGGACGAGGAUGGAGCUACGGACUUGAUCCUUGCGCCGGCGCCGAGGCGGCGUAGCAGGCGUCCCUCGCGGCGAGAGCUGCUACAGGAUGAGCUCCAACUGGCGAGGGAUGAGCUCGAGAUGGAGGCGCUGCGCUUGCGAUACGGCGGAUCUCACGAGCUCGAUAUUGCUCUAGCCUUGUCUCUCUCGUUGAGUGAUGAACCGACUUACGCUCACGCGGAGGCUACUGCGGUUUCACUGGAUAUGUCGUAUGAGAGCCUCGUAGAACUGGAGAGCGUGAAGUGCGUGGCUUCGCCAGCUCUGGUGGCUUCCCUUGACCGGACCGUCUUCUCAGAUGGCGGCGGCGGCGGCUCCGCCGACUCUUGCGUCAUCUGCCAGAACGAAUACGUUGGCGGGGACAAUCUCUCCCGCCUACCUUGCAAGCACGACGUUCACGAAGCUUGCGGCUCCGAGUGGCUGCUCAACUAUUCAAAGCUCUGCCCCGUCUGCAAGGCGGACGUGACCAUGGAGCAUUGAUCUUUGUACAGUUCCAGAUAGCUACAUUAUUAUUUCUCAUUGAUUCAUCCAGCAACGAUGAACAAGCUGUACAUUCAACCUUGUAAAAAAUGGUUCUUCUUUCUUGUAUUUAA